AUUUUGCUAUUUGCUUCCAAAUUCCCCCGAAAUAUAAACAUUUUUUUACAAAAACUAACCGCCAAGAUGGUUUUCACCGUAAAUGACAUAAAUAGCGAUUUCUUUGACUCACCCAUGAACACAUCAUACAACAACGAAGAACUACUAGCCGCCGAAUUGGCUCGAAUCAAUGCAGCAACUUCCCAUGCAGCUGAGCUGCAUUUACUCCAAGUCGAACAUGCAAAACAACUGUUGUUACAUGCCAAAGAAGCCAUCAUUCAUGCUCGGGAGAAACAUUCCCUAGAAUUGGAACAAAUGAAAGAACUGCAUCAGUUGAGAAUUAGAAAACUCGAAGUUGGCAUAAAGAGAAUCAACUCGGAGGAAGAAACUGAUUAACUUUUAAGUUUUUAAUUGUUUUUUUUUUUUUAUUACUUUUACUUUUUUAUGAAUUAAUUUGUUAGUUUUUAGUUGUACUCAUGAAUUUUUUAUGAAAUAAAAAUAAGAAGUACCUUUUUUUAA